GUACGUUCUGGGUUGUCGGUUUACCUGCUCUCCUGUUCUAUUCUCCUACUGAUUUUAUCAUCCUGGUCUUCUUACCUCGAACACAAGACUUAUCUUUAUGCAAGAACUUAUCUUAAUAAGGUCUAACUGCUACAGUGUAUUUGCUAAUUUACAUGUCAUUGAUGAUUUAUCAGUCACUGAAUUAAUUUAUUUGACACCAACAACCAUUCAUAUUACUCGUUCGAAACCUGUUAGAAUUAAUGUUACAAUGAACAAAACAGAAUGGAGACCUGAAAACACGGUAGUUUGUAUUGACGUUGAAAACCGUUCACGAUAUCCAGCAAACGAACAGCUGGGGCACAAUGUUAUAGUUAAAGAGUUAAAAAGCAAUACAUUGAAAUCCAUUAUUGCAACCUCACAUUCAUUCUCCGAUGUUGGUUCAAGUCCAAUUCGCAAUGAAUCGAAAAAUUAUAUGUCUUCAUUCAAAUUAACAACUGCGCAAUAUUUUUCUACAACUAUCAGAAAACAUCAUAAAUGUGUACAAAUGGCUAUGAAAGGUAAAGAUAUGACAAAAGCUAUGCAUCAUAUUGAUCAAUGCAUCAAAUUAGCGCCACACAAUGCUAAGUUUCUUAUAGAACGCUCUGGAAUUUAUAUCAAGCUAUUAGCUUAUCAGCAUGCAAUAAGCGACCUACACUUGGCCAUAUCUUUAGGGUCAAAUACACUAGACACUAUGUCAGUCAAUCGAGAUUUAACAAACGCUGCUUUGGAGUCACCAUCCAUCAUGUCUGUAAGUUUGGAUCUUAUAGAAUACGAAAAUGCUUUAUUGAUGACUGGUCAGCUUCACAUAGUUCAUGGAAAGAAUUUAAAAGAUGAAGGAAAAUUGGAAGAAGCCCUGAAACAAUAUGAGUUAGGCAGAAGCUUCAUUGAUCAAUAUGCUCAGAUGAAAGACUUAAUUACCAACUCAUCUAUCACACCAGGAACAUUGGUAACAUUGAUGGGUGCUUUACAAGUUUAUGAAUCAAUGAAACGUAAUGAUGACUAUGUGGAUUUGAUAACAAAAUGUAUAAAUAAUUUGGAAAGUGAAAAUAUGGAAAUUCCAGAGGAAAUACUAAUGGGAGAUCCUAUCUUGACCUCGAAAUUAUAUUUACCUCAGUUAUCCGAUCUACUAUAUGCACGAGCUAACCUAUUAUCGAAACAAAAUGGUCAGUCAAUAAUACAAGCCUAUUAUGAUUUGAAAAAAGCAUUACGUUAUUGCCCAAAUCAUUUAGAAAGUUACAACUUAUUACAUCAACUUGAAACUAUAUCCUUCAAUAAACAAGAGGAAGCUGUUGAAUUAAUGUUGAAAAAUCGUUUCUUCGAUUCAUUACAUUCAAUCACUAUAGCGAUUUAUGCCCAACCAGAGAAUAUUUCUUUAUAUUUUGAUAAAGGAGCAAUCCUAAGGAAACUUGACAGAUUAACCGAGUCUUUAGAUUGUAUUAUGCAAGGAAUAAAUUUAUUCAAUACAUGGAAUGAUACUGAUAAGAAGAACUCAGCUGAUCUGUACCAAUUAGGGAGAAAUCAAUUAUUUCUUACAAUGAGCUCUUAUGCAAUAAGACUAUUAAAACAAGAGAAAUACCAAGAAUCAAAUGAAUUAACUCGUCAACUCUUGGAAGUGGAUCCUAAAAAUUAUAGAUUAUUGAUUUUAUCUGCUGACUGUCAAUAUUUUCUGAAUAAUUAUGAAAAAUCACUUGAAGAAUAUGAAAACGCAAAGUCAAUAAUUAGUAAACUAUUGACCGAUUCUAAUCAUUGCAUUUGUGAUAACAAUGUGAUGAAAAUUCCCGAAAGUAUUAAUUCAAUCAAUGGAAGAAUCUGUUUAGCUUGUUACCAGUUAAGUAAAAGUAGAAUUAAACAAAGUGACUGGUCAAAGGCAAUAAAUUAUUUAGAUCGCUGUAUUCGUUUAGCACCAUUUCAAUCAGAAUUUUACAUGACACGUGCACUAGUUCAUUAUCAGUCAAAUCAUACUAAGCAUUCGUGGAAUGAUAUAUUAAUUUUCGUUUAUUUGAAUUUAAGUGACUGGGCAUUGUGUCAAAGAACAAACGGUAAAUGGUCUAUAUAUCCAAUGUGGUAUCAAACUAUUGUACAUAAUCGAUUCCUCAGUCAAGUUAAUGAACAAAUCGGUCCAUUAAUUCAUCGUCUCACACCAAAAUAUAUUGAUUUGGUAAAAGUUGCGAAUUCUAAAGAAUGUGAACUGUCUUUACUAAAGAACUUACGAAGAAUAAUUAAUGAAAACAAAUGUGCUGCAUGUCAGAGAGCCCGUAAUGCUUCAACUACUAAAAUUACCUUUCCUACUAAUGGUAAUCAACAGACGUUAGAAAAUCCGAUUGAUUGGUUAAAUAAUCAUGUGUGGUUUAAUUUAUUUUCAGAGCCUAGGGAUGACAAUGUUAUUAAAAUGCGUUUCGUAAAUUCAGAUGAUAUUACUCAGAAAACAUUCACUGAUGUACGUGAAGAUGACUACAAACAAAUCAAUGCCAAAAUUAAGGAAAUUCGUCAAAAGAAUUUCGCCAGACAAUACAUGUACACAAAAUGA